UCUUCCCUAAAGAUGUGCAGCCUGAUGAAGAAGUCAUUCGUGUCAAGGAACAAAAUCUCUUGGAACUUGCUAAGAUGUUGGCCGACACUGGCAAAGCAAAAGAUUUGGCCGCUCUUAUUAAGUUAACGAGACCUUUUCUUGGGUUAGUGAGCAAAGCAAAGGCUACUAAACUUGUAAGAGCUUUAGUAGAUAUGUUCCUUGAUAUGGAAGCAUCAACUGGUUUAGAGGUUGAAAUGUGUCUAGAAUGCAUUGAAUGGGCUAAACAAGAAAAAAGAAAUUAUUUAAGACAAGCUCUUGAGGCAAGGCUCAUUUCUUUGUACUACGACAUUGGCAAAUACACAGAGGCUUUAAAUUUAGGUAGUGCUUUAUUGAAAGAACUUAAAAAGUUAGAUGAUAAAAAUUUGCUGGUGGAAGUUCAACUGUUAGAAAGCAAAGUAUAUCACUGCUUGACUAAUUUUCCAAGAGCUAGAGCUGCUUUAACCACUGCCAGAACCACAGCAAAUGGUAUAUAUUGCCCUCCUAAGUUACAAGCUUCCUUAGAUUUGCAAUCAGGAAUUUUGCAUGCUGCUGAUGAAAAAGAUUUCAAGACUGCUUUUUCUUACUUUUUUGAAGCAUUCGAUGGCUAUGAGUCAGUUGAUGACCCCAAAGCUGUUAUAGCUUUAAAAUACAUGUUGCUAUCGAAGAUUAUGCUGGGAGUUCCUAGCGAUGUACCAUCUCUAACUAUGGGGAAAUUAGCUCUAAAGUAUGCUGGAGUAGAUGUUGAUGCUAUGAAGGCUAUUGCAGCUUCAAGUUCUAAGAGAUCAUUAUCUGAUUUUCAGGAGGCUCUUAAAAUAUAUAAGAAACAACUCAUUGAAGACCCUAUAAUUCAUGCUCAUUUAGAUGCUUUAUAUGACACUAUGCUUGAACAAAAUUUGUGUAGAAUUAUUGAACCAUACUCAAAAGUUCAACUGCAGCAUGUAGCUUCUGUAAUUGGUUUACCACUGCCUACUGUUGAAAAAAAGAUGUCACAAAUGAUUUUGGAUAAGAAACUGAAUGGAAUCCUUGAUCAAGGUUUAGGAAUACUUAUAAUUUUUGAAGCCUCUGAUAGCGAUAAAACUUAUGAAGCAGCGUUGGAGACCAUUCAUUGCCUUGAAAAAGUUGUAGACUCUAUCUACAAAAAAGCUAAAAAACUGAGUUAACUUUUCUAACUGUCUAUUUGUUGUACAAAUACUGUUUUUAAAAUGCUUAUAUUUAUUAUUCUGUAAAUAAUAAAACCAUAACUUCUGGAUUCUUUAAUAUUUUUUUUAUUUCAUCAAAUUAUUCGAUGUUAUGUAAUAAUAAGGAUGUUAUUUGCUUUUAAGCUUAGUGUAAAUGUACUUAAUGUAUGUUUCUUUGGACAGUUUUUAUUUUCUGUUGUGUAAUACUCCAAAAGGAAGCAUUUGAUAAUGAAUUAAAAUUUAUACUUGUA